AUGGAGAAGACAAACAGUUCAAGAGAAGGUUCAACAUGGGGAACUCUAGAUAGAAACAUACUUGCCAUUGUCUUCGAUAAGCUCGACACAAUGGACAUUACCAUGGGAGCUUCACGUGUAUGCAUCUAUUGGUUCCUUGUUUCUCACAACAAAACUCUAUGGCACACCAUAGACCUCACCAAGCUCAAACACAAGGGACAAAACGUCCUCUACAAAUACCGGGCUGACAAUGAUGUAGAAGAAGUUCUAAGCUUUAGUAAUCUUUCAACUAAGAUGAGCCGGUUCUUCUUUAACUUUUGUGGAGUAAAAGGCAUAAACCUCAAGAAUCUAUUGGGUGAGAUCACUAAGUUGAGCGGCACGGCUCCGCGGAAUGUGUUCUUUAACUUUUUCUCCUACUUACAAAAGCAAGAUCUCAUGUUUGCUGUUGGGAGGAUGCCAAACAUAGAGAAACUUGCUUUACCUUUUUCUUGGUCACUGUUUAAUGAGGUGGAAACAUUUAGGUUUGCCUUUAAUCAGUGGAAGAAUCUUAAAACACUGAUCUUGGCUCAGAAUGGCUUUUACACCUGGUUCUCAUUCGAGAUUCGAGUAGUGGGAAAGAACUGCAUUAACCUCAACAACUUGAAACUUGUGGGAUAUUUGGGAAAUAACAACUAUGCUGAAGAAAUCGUGUGUUACUUCCAGAGCCUCACGAGGUUGAGUUUGCGAUGCUCUAUGAUCAAUGUUGAAGGAGUUCUCAUGCUAAUAAGAGGUCUUCGAAACCUCGCGGUCCUUAACUUGACACAUUGCGUAGACUUGGGCGGGUAUCCUUUUAUAAAAAAGCUUCGGAAAGCUACCAAUAAUCAGAAGCUUGACAAACUUGUUAUCACAUGUUCAGAAAAUGAAUGCAAAGUUUGCAAAGAUCGACCUGGCGUUUUCCGGGAGCAUGUGUUUUACGAGAAGCAUUGGCGAAACGACGAGAUUAAAGAACUUGAAUUCUGA